AUGAACCCAUCAAUAGUCAAAGAGUCUGAGCCUGUGACCAUUCGAUGCUCCACGUCACUGCCAUGUGGAUCAUACCCAGAGUUCACAGGGCUUGGUCAGACCGAAACGCUUCAUCAGAACUCCAAGGAUAACCGAAAAAGCACUGUGUUCAACUUUAAUGCUCGCUGGCAGGAUGAUGGGAGGGUGCUUUCCUGUCAACCACAAGGGACCAAAGACCCGUGUGUGAGCAAGAGCAUCAAGCUGACGGUUGAAUGUGAGUUCAUUACUGACUUUCUAGUUCAAACUGUGUUUACCGUAUCACGGAAGUUCAGCAUUACAGCAUGUUUGAAAUUCAAAGCCAAUGUUACCGUGUUAGCAGACACUGCAUUCACAGUAAAUGCUGCAUAUGUCGGCUCAAUCAGUAAUUUACCUUUACAUUUAUAUUGCACAAUCUGUAACGCUUCAGCGAUACAAAUUGAAUAAAGCCCUUGGUUGGACUUAUCAUGAGCAUUGCAUUAUUUUUGUUUCAACCAUUUUUAUUACAAAGAAAUUACCCUACUAUUUUGAUUUGACUUUUGUGCUUCUUGUUUUUCUAUGAUCACUUGACUUUUUUGUCUUCUCUUUAAAAGAUGCCCCUAAGGAGACGAAGGCUGAUAUAAGUUUGUCAUACGUAAAGGAAGGAGAGUCUGUCACCCUCACUUGUUCCAGCAGAGGGCACCCCAAUGCUACAUACUCCUGGUUUAAAGACAGUCGAAAUACCACAUUUAGUGGAACAGAAUUCUUGAUCCAAUCUAUCACAUCUACACAAAGCGGGAAUUACCACUGCAAAGCUGUAAACCAACAUGGGACUCACGACUCAAACGUUGUUACAAUCAAUGUUAAAUGUGAGAUAUUCCCUAUUUGUGUAGUCCAGACAUACGUUUUGUAUCAUAGGGAAAUGCAAUUCUUAUUGUUCUUAUUGUCCCCUCUCAAAAAUAACAGCUAAUAGAUUAAUAGAUAAUAUAUACGAUAUUUUGGCUAGCUUAUUCAUGAUUACCUUUUCUAAAUGGCAGCCUGUAUAUUCUCUAUGUUUGUGUUCAUAUUUGAAAUAUGCAUAUUGUAUCUACAGUCCUCUGACAAACAUUUGAAUAGGUACAAUAAAACAUUUGAAUAGGUGGUUAUUUCAAUGUGAGUAUUAUUUCCUCUCCACAGAUGGCCCAACCAAACCAGUGCUUUCUAUGAUGCGUACAACCCAGGAGGGCCACCUGGUUAGUAUCAACUGCACCGUGCAGAGUUUCCCAGUCUCUCAGCUCACUCUGACAUGGAUCCCCCGUCCAUCUGGCUCACCUAUGUCUAGCUCCCCUCUUCACAUGCAGCCUCAACCAGUUCUUGGGUUCCUCCAACGUUCUACCAAUGUUGUCUGGGGUUCUUUUAAUGUCACAUUCCUGCAAGAAGGGGUUUACACCUGUAGAGCCCAGAACUCUGAGGGGGAUAGCAGCACAGAGCAGGAGCUGGAGGUCACUUGUGAGUACAAUGCAUCAUCACCAUCACCACCAUCAUCAUCAUUCUACUAUCAUUAUGAUUAAAUAGUCAAAAAUAUUCAAUUUCCAACUUUUUUCCGUGAUGCUUUCUCUCUGCUAUGACUCCUACAGACAGCCCCAAAAAUGUGACGGCCUCUGCUCACCCUGACACGGUCCUGACUGAAAACAGCCAGCUGGUUCUUACCUGCACUGCUCGUUCCAACCCCAAUACCACCACCUACACUUGGGUCCAGAUCAGCACAGGAGAGACCAGGAUAGUGGGGCUGGUCCAGAAGUUGACGGUGAUGUCCAUAACCCCAUCCCAUAGUGGACUGUACAGGUGCACUGCCCAGAACACCUUAGGAACUGGGCAAUCCCAACAGGUUGAAGUUAAAGUCAAGUGUGAGUACAUCUCUGUUGCUGCUUUAUGACAACUACCCCAAGGACAAACUGUAUGCCCUAUGUAGAUCUGAGAGGACUGAAUAGGCGUUAUCAGUAAGGUGAUAAUUCCACCUGGCCUAUCAGAGGGCAAAAUGGAGGGAGAUUAACCAUACUGUUUACUGCAAUCCUCUCAGAUCUACAUUUGGGAUCAGAGUCAUCCUUUCAAAUGGGUUCAGGUCCUCUACGACUUUCUGGAAUAAAGACUUAAGUGGUUAUUUGUGUGGAGCCUGAACUUAUCUCCUUCUAAUACUAUAACUAAAGACAAUUCAACACAAGGAAAACGCAAAUGCGUCUCUGUAUUCAAAUGUACAAUAAUAAUUUUCUUCCAUUAUUUUCCAUCACAGAUGCUCCAAAGCUCACCGAGGUCAUUCACAACAUGACCAAUAGGUGGCAGGGUGAUGGGGAGAGCCCUGUGGCACUGACCUGCCACAGUCACAGUUACCCCCCUGUCAUCAGCUACAAGUGGUACAGGCUGGUCGAGGAAAGGGAGCAUUUCAUCAUCCAUCACCAGAACAUCACUGUCCACCCGGACAAGCCCGGGACGUACUACUGUGUCGCCACCAAUAACAUGGGGGGGGAAGAAUCGGAAAGAGUCCAGCUGUUUCUCAACCGUGAGUGCAUAGUGACUGACAGUCACUUUGGAAAGUCAAUAGAGUACAGAAGUGUGACUUAUUCACAACUGAUUAAAAAUUUUUCCUCAGUAUUUCUAUCUCACUUGUGAGAUUCAUAUGAUGCCUACACUCUUAGAAAAAAAGGGUUCCAAAAGGUUUUUGGGCUGUCCCCAUAGAAUAACCCUUUUUGGUUCCAGGUAGAACCCUUUUUGGUUCCAGGUAGAACCCUUUUGGGUUACAUGUAGAACCCUCUGCAGAAGAGGUUCUACAUGGAACCCAAAAGGGUUCUACUUGCAACCAAAACAGGUUAUUCAAAGGGUUAUCCUAAAGGGACAGCCGAAGAACCCUUUAAGGUUCUAGAUAGCACCUUUUUUUCAUUCUCCCCCUGAUAUGCUACCUAAAUCUAUGAAUCAAUGAUGAUACAGGCCUUAACAAAACAUCCUUCAAGAUGUGAAAUUGAUUGUAUGCAUACAGUAAGACAGUAUAGUAUGUAACAACACAUAGGUGGCAUUGGUAUUUAAAGUCACAGUUCCACACAACAUGCCAAAGACCGUAGCCAGAAUGUCUCAAUGGUCCAAUAUUGACACACUUCUCUGUCUCGUUUCUCCUCCCUCUCUUCUCUCCCCACAGGAAGUGUCUUCCAUGUCCUCGCUCUAAUCCUUUCUUUCUGUUGUGUUCCGCUUGUUCUUUUACUCAUCUUUCUGGUCUACAGGUGAGUCCUCUGUCAACACUCACUUCACUCCUCUUGUUUAUAAAAUAUACACUACUGUUCAAAAGUUGAGUAUCUGGAGCAUCAGCAAUUGUGGGUUCGAUUACAGGCUCAAAAUGGCCAGAAACAAAUGACUUUCUUCUGAAACUCGUCAGUCUAUUCUUGUUCUGAGAAAUGAAGGCUAUUCCAUGCAGGAAAUUGCCAAUAAACUGAAGAUCUCGUACAACGCUGUGUACUACUCCCUUCACGGAACAGCGCAAACUGGCUCUAACCAGAAUAGAAAGAGGAGUGGGAGGCCCCGGUGCACAACUGAGCAAGAGGACAAAUACAUUAGUGUCUAGUUUGAGAAACAGACGCCUCAUUGGUCCUCAACUGGCAGUUUCAUUAAAUAGUACCUGCAAAACACCAGUCUCAAAGUCAACAGUGAAGAGGCGACUCCGGGAUGCUGACCUUCUAGGCAGAGUUGCAAAGAAAAGCCAUAUCUCAGACUGGCCAAUAAAAAUUAAAGAUUAAGAUGGGCAGUCUGAGAUAUGGCUUUUUCUUUGCAACUCUGCCUAGAAGGUCAGCAUCCCGGAGUCGCCUCUUCACUGUUGAUGUUGAGACUGGUGUUUUGCGGGUACUAUUUAAUGACGCUGCCAGUUGAGGACCUGUGAGAUGUCUGUUUCUCAAACUAGACACUCUAAUGUAUUUGUCCUCUUGCUCAGUUGUGCACCGGGGCCUCCCACUCCUCUUUCUAUUCUGGUUAUGGCCAGUUUGCGCUGUUCUGUGAAAGGAGUAGGACACAGCGUUGUACGAGAUCUUCAGUUUCUUGGCAGUUUCUCGCAUGGAAUAGCCUUCAUUUCUCAGAACAAGAAUAGAUUGACGAGUUUCAGAAGAAAGUUAUUUGUUUCUGGCCAUUUUGUGCCUGUAAUCGAACCCACAAUUGCUGAUGCUCCAGAUACUCAACUAGUCUCAAGAAGGCCAGUUUUAUUGCUACUUUAAUAAGCACAACAGUUUUCAGCUGUGCUAACAUAAUUGCAAAAGGGGUUUCUAAUGAUCAAUUAGCCUUUUAAAAUGAUAAACUUGGAUUUGCAAACACAACGUGCCAUUGGAACACAAGACUGAUGGUUGCUGAUAAUGCUGAGAGACUGGGCCUCUGUACGCCUAUGUAGAUAUUCCAUUACAAAUCAGCCUACAAUAGCCAUUUACAACAUUAACAAUGUCUACACUGUAUUUCUGAUCAAUUUGAUGUUAUUUUAAUGGACAAAAAAAUUGAUUUUCUUUCGAAAACAAGGACAUUUCUAAGUGACCCCAAACUUUUGAACGGUAGUGUAUAUAUUUCUUAACCAUACAUAUUGACUACAGUUAGCAAUGACUAGAAGCUCACCACAACACCACUGUUUGUAUGAAAAUGUCACUUUUUGUUUUGCGUUUUUCAGACACAAGAGAAACAAAUUGAUCCAGCAGGGGACAUCAAAUAAACUACCAUGUUGUGUUCACUUUGGUUUUCUGGUACUGUUGCAUUUCACAAAUACUGCAUUAUUCUCUUCCAUUUACAUUACAUUUUUACAUUUACGUCAUUUAGCAGACGCUCUUAUCCAGAGCGACUUACAGGAGCAAUUAGGGUUAAGUGCCUUGCUUAAGGGCACAUCGACAGAUUUUUCACCUAGUCGGCUCGGGGAUUAGAACCAGCGACCUUUCGGUUACUGGCACAACGCUCUUACCCACUAAGCUACCUGCCGCCCUUAUUCUGUAGUUCAUUGUGUGAAAAUCCCUAGUUAAUUGAACAUGUUUGUGGGUGUGUGUGUACCCCUAUGCCUGUGUGUGUCACCAUCAGGGCUGGCGUAAUGGCACAAAUGAGAACCUGGUGAGUGAAGGGGGUGCAACAGUAGCAAACCCCCCGGGGAGCAGCAGAGAUCAGCUGUGGCCAGACGGCCCCUACCGCCCAGAGCCCCUACCCCAACCGCAGCAUCCCCAUCCCAGCAGGACGUCGUAUCCAGACAGCACGUAAUAUCAUCGAGCAUGGUGUCACACGGACAAGAGCACACACUGUAGACAAACACACACAUAAGCACCCACAUUUGCACGCACACACACACACGUCAGGAUGGGCAGACAUACGCAAGUCUCAAUGAGUCCAUUUUAGCAGGCCUCCCUCACUCACAAUGGGAUUCCAUUAUACUAGUUACUGUGGAUCACCACUACUUGCUGUCUCAGUUUGAACAUCUAAAGGAAUAUAUAGUCUACUUGUCAGUCUUGGCAGAGUGAUUCAAUUUGUUUGUUAUUUCUUUAAAGGUCGACCUCUGACAUACACACUGUGUACAGUGUUCUGAAGGUAUCAGGUGGGAAACAGGUGAGAGAAAUCGAACAAUGUUGUUGAAGGGGUUAAAUUUGGAAGAAAGAGGCCUUUAUAUACUAUAGCUCCACAGUUUACUAUUUACAAUCAUUCAGUGUUCAGUAUUCAGUACGUCAUGAAUGACUGAGCAUAGCAUAUACAUUGUACAGUUAUGAAUGAAGGGAUGAAUUAACUAUUUCAAUUCUUGACAUUCUUUUUAAUGCAUUCCAUCUCAUCUAUUCAGAGUCUUUCACCAAGCCAUCCAAUCAGAAACAAAGAUGGACACACUGAACACACACAGGAACAUGAAGUCAACAAUGCCUCGUUGCAAUUCAGGGGCCAGGAGAUGUAAGAUUGAUAAUUGGAAGGCAGAUGAAUAUAAUAAUAUAAUAUAAUAUGCCAUUUAGCAGACACUUUUAUCCAAAGCGACUUACAGUCAUGCGUGCAUACAUGUAUUUUUUUGUGUAUGGGUGGUCCCGGGGAUCGAACCCACUACCUUGGCGUUACAAGCGCCGUGCUCUACCAGCUGAGCUACAGAGGACCAUGGACCAUGAAACCAGGAUAGGUUCAAAUUAAAACACAUCACAUUGCCAGCUACAGUACUGUAUCCAUUUUAGGGCACCCCCAGGCUCAAACCUAACCCUUUGAGGCUGAGGGUGUCCUAAAAUGGACACCGUACUACAGUACCAUAGAGAGCAUUCUUCAGUCAUUCCAAACAGUGAAUGCAUAUGAUGUGGGAUUACAUACAAAUUACCUCAAAUACAUCAUAAAUUGAUAUUAUCCUACCAUAAUGUAGUAAUGUAUUGAAACCACAUCUGUGAAAAUGACUGUAGUAGUCGACCAAAACGUACAUAGGGAAAUAACCUGAUGAGACAACAAAUAUGAGUCAAACGCAUACAAUGACACAACUUGUCUUCCAGGGGUAGCUUGGGUCCUAGAGACCAAGCGAGAGAGGAUGACAUCUAUGCUAAGGAUGCCAAGCCAAAACUGAAGGAAAAGGUCAGUCAACCGUAAUAACAAAUGUGUAAACCAAAACAUUGGGCAACAUCAAACAUUAGCCCUUAUGCCAUGAAGUUACACUGUAACUUCUUUGAUCACAAGAAUGUUAUUAUUCAGCUUUACACUGUAACUGCAGCUAAGAUAGGCCUACAUAUAAUGAGGGAAUUUUAAGGAAGCUAGUCAAAUUCUGCUUCAAUUUGAAUUAUUUGUAUAGUUACUCUGUAACCACAUGAUAUCAGUUCAACUUAAUAUAAAGUGAAACCGAACAUUGUGAAUGGAAACUUUGAAGUGAAGGGUCAUAAUCACUUUGUUGCAAAUCUACAAACAAACCAAAACUCCACUGUUACUUAAACAGGAUAUUGAGGUAAGAGUACACAGAGAUCCUGUAAAUUAUGUAAUUCUAUUUGUGGUGCAUCUUACAUAAUAGUUUUGUGUAACACACAAACCUUAACCUUCAAUUAACUGUAUCAUGAUGAUCCUGAGGCCAUCAAGCCUGUGUUUAGGAGGCAUUUCCUUAUUCAUUACCACUCAUUGAUGGCUAAAUGUGUAGAGGGAUGUUUGUACACCACAAGAGGCUGCUGAGGGGAGAACGGCUCAUAAUAAUGGCUGGAAUGGAGUGAAUGGAAUGGUAUCAAUCAAAUGGAAACAAUGUGUUUGAUGUGUUCGAUACCACUCCAUUUAAUCCUUUCCAGCCAUUACUAUGAACCCAUCCUCACCAAUUAUGGUGGCACCAGCCGCCUGUGUUGUACACUCAGUCCAGCAGCAGCAGAAGGGAUAUCACAACAUCAAAGGAAAUGUGAAAAUGACUUCAUGUGUUUUACUGGACCUUGAUGUUAUCACUUGAUAGUUUGGAAAAGGCAAAUGAACUCGCACAGCCUUAAGAUAUUUGAUAAGAAUAAUUUAGAAAAAAAUCUGACUGCCUAAGACAAUUAAUAUUCUCCGGAUUUACAAACUAGCAACAUUCGAGCUUCUUCAUUUGGAACCUUUUUGUAUAAAUCCCUUUCUAUAUUCAGACUGAUAAGUGGGAUGACUACGAGAACAUUAAGGAUGUGUGUGCUCCUAAGCCCACCAUCGAGCCAAACAUGGACAUGGAGACAGAGAGCAGUGAGGAUGAUGUGGAGAUCAGCUACCCUGAGGUCACGUUCAGAGCAAAGCCAGGACACCAGAGAGUCUGUAGUUCUCACCCUCGUUACCGCAGGGCAGGCCACAGCAGCAGCUCAGAUGAAGAAGACUACACAACCCAGUACUCUGACGUUAAAAUAUAA